UUUUAAUUUUAAGACUCUUUCAGCUACUUUUGUCAGAAAAGUGCUCUACAAAUAAAAUGUAAUCUGAUUUUUAUCUUUUAAUUUUUUUAAAGGAUACAACUUUCAUUUUCUGUGUGACUGACUUGAUCUAUCUGUGGGCUUUCUUUUUUUAUUUGUUUUUUCUUCAUUUAGUUUUGUGGGACAGCCCUCUUGUUGGGGCUCUGUAUGAACACAGCGUAGUUUCGGGGACUUGCCUCACCCUUACCAAAAAAGUAGUAUAUUUAAGUGUACUACAGGUAAUUAAGUGUACUACAAGUACAUUUAGUCUAUACUAAAAUUGAGGCAAUAUAUUAGAAGUUUAUUUUUUACAUGCUUUAUAUGUUGUCCCAAUUUAGUCUUAAGAAGUAUUCAUUUAGUACGGUACAGGUACAUGGUCUCACUAUGCUUAGACUGCAAUAUUCUUGAUAGCUUCAAGUGUCGUACUUAUUAAAUAAAAAAUGCCACGUUUUCCUGUUUAAUCCGAGCGGCUAAAGUUAUUUAAGGUUUCCAGAUCCGGAACCUUCAGCUGUUGAGAAUUCUUGUCACUGAAAGGAAACAGCUGGAUGGGUGUCCUCAGAAAGUGGGGUUUCCUCGUGAGCUGCCAGCUCCACAUCAGCUUUCUGUUUUGUUUGUGCACAGGGGUGUCCCGGCUGGAGCGCACUCUACAGUGAGAUGUAGGUCAAGAUGAUACAGUGGCAGCAGAUUGCUCAUUAGGGGAAAAAAACCAAGCAAAAGUCUAUGAGUGUGUUUUUCAAGGCAACAGGCCGACCAUCUGCUGCUCCUUUAUUCAUUCAUUAAGACGUCUUCUUUGUGCUCGCGCAUGUGUAAGCGCACGCCGGUCAAGUGUACGACGUCACCGUGUUGUUGUCCAAAGCCUGUGGUGAUGUGUCAGAGGGCUUGGUCACGUGGCCGCAGCAGCUCCUGAUUGGCCGUUGAUCCGCGCUGAAAAAGCCUGGCACGGUCGUGGCUCAGGAGUUUGUGGUGAGGCUGGCAGAGGAGCAGAGCGGAUACCUAAACAGCUUAGAGGAGCGAGGAGCGGACGGGUUGGAGAUGACAAACCAAAGACAUGACGCUCAAGAAACUCAAUGAAUGAUUGGCAAUCUCAAAGCUUAAGCCAGAGAACCAAAGCGCGCCUAAACCAAAGCGUCCAUCACCCUUAGUCUGGAACACAUCUAGUCCCAACCAUGAAGCUGGAGAGCACACCGGGAGACAUGGGCAGCUGGAGGGAGAUGGACUUUGCUCUCAACUGCACCUACAUUGUCCCAGACCAAGUGUCGGACCCAAGUUUUAGCCUGCCCAAAGCCAUGACCUCCAUCCCCCGAAACCUCACCUUCAGCUACAACACAGACAACGAGGUGAUAGGGGUGUUCAGCAAAGAGUACAUCCCUCAGGGCACCCGCUUCGGACCCCUGCAAGGAGACAUCUACACCAAAGACAACGUCCCCAAAGAGGCCAACAGGAAAUACUUCUGGAGGAUCUAUAACGGCGGCCAGCUGCAGCACUUCAUCGAUGGCUACGACGUCCACAAGAGCAAUUGGAUGCGCUACGUGAACCCGGCACGCUCCCCGACGGAGCAGAACACGGUGGCGUGCCAGAACGGCCGGGACGUCUACUUCUACACCAUCCGGCCGGUGGAGCCCAAACAGGAGCUGCUGGUGUGGUACAGCCGGGAGUUCAGUCAGCGGCUGUGCAGCCCUCAGGACCAACUGACCCACAAACCGUCCUCUGAGGAAGAGGAGGAAGAGGAGGAGUGUGCCAAGGGGGACCUACCCCUGGUGUGGACGACAGAGAAGGUGCAGAGGGCAGACGAGGAGAAGAUAGACGUGGAGAUGCUGGACAGAGACACUCCUCCAGACACCCCCGACGACCAAAUCAUGGACUUCAGCAAAAAGGUGGAAAUGAAGGACGCAGAGACCUGGGGGGUCCCCCCCUCGCCCCAGCUGGCACACCGGGGCUUGGGUCAGACGUAUCUGCCAGAACAGCUGCAAAGCGCCCCCGGGACCCUCCCCCUGCACCUCCACGGGCUCUACGGCCACAGGGAGGGCCUCGUCUCCUCUUACCCCCUUUACCACCAGUCCAGACCCCUCCAGCCCUCCUACCAGUUCCUGUCCCCGUACCACUAUCCCCGCCUCCUCCUGCCCUCAUGUUCUCCUCCCUUCCCCGGGAUGCUUCCCUCAAGAGGGGCCCUCCAGUACGGCGGCUACCUGAGCGCCGACAGACUGCCGUACCCCCCUAUGGUCCCCCCGACCCUGCUCCCCAUGUCCAUUCCCUACGCUCAGUCCACGCAUGGGGGCCUGAAAGAACAGACGCCCAACGUCUCGCCGCCAAGGGGCUCCCCAGCCACACCCGAGAUGUCCCCUCCCGCCAAACCCGGCAGCCAUCUGCUGACCCCCGAGCCGUCGCCCUCUGGUUGCGACGAGGCCAUGAACCUCAGCGUGGCCAAGAGCGGCACGGCGCCACGAAACGGCCCGGGCCACAAAUCCCUACCCUACCCGCUAAAGAAGCAGAACGGGAAGAUCAAGUAUGAGUGCAACAUCUGCUCCAAGACCUUCGGACAGCUCUCCAACCUCAAGGUCCACCUGCGCGUGCAUAGCGGCGAGCGGCCGUUCCAGUGCGACCUGUGCAAAAAGAGCUUCACCCAGCUCGCACACCUACAGAAACACCACCUCGUCCACACGGGGGAAAAGCCGCACGAAUGCCAGGUGUGCCACAAACGCUUUAGCAGCACCAGCAACCUGAAGACGCACCUGCGGCUGCACUCUGGAGAGAAGCCUUACCAGUGCAAGCUGUGCAACACCAAGUUCACGCAGUACAUCCACCUCAAGCUGCACCGCCGCCUCCACAGCAGCCGCGACCGGCCCUACCGCUGCCAGCUCUGCACCCAGGCCUUCUUCCACCGCUUCUCCCUUUGCAUCCACCAGACCAGCUGCUGCCCGGCUGGCCCCGGCACCAACGCACGCACCGGCGAGGUGGUGGAGCGCUUCGACGCCAGCCAGGAGGCCGCCGCGCUGCCCGAAACCGCCUCGCCGUCUCAGCUGGGGGACGCCGUGGAGCGCUGGCUGGCGCGCACCCUGGAGGGCGAGGGGAAGGAGGACCAGAAGGACGCCGGCUUGCUGCUGAGAGCCCUGACGGCCGCCGUCAGCCCGCCACCGCUCUAUCAGGAGCGGGCCAGCGUCGUCCACCUUCACAAGCGAGUGAAGACGGAGGGCCAGUGAAGAGCACCAAAGGAAAAGCGUUCCAAAGACUGGGCGAAGGCACCGCCCCAGAACUGACCCGCUGUGAAGUAUUUAAAAUCUGUUCACUCAGGUAGAGAAUUGUUUGUCUUCUUGUGCUUUAACUUAUUACCUUUUCAAAGGGAUUAUAUUUAUUUUGUUGAAUCAUAGUUUUCUGUUAGUUUUGAUUUUUUUUAUACCUUUUCCAGUGGAAAAAAAAAACUGGAAUUAGACUCAGGAAGAAUCUGUAUCUGUGCGCCUGGAUUUCUGUCGGGAAAAGAAAAGCAACAAAAAACAGAAAAAUCUGGUGUCAUCUUUUGCCAAAACGAACAACCAAAACCCCGAAUGUGUCGUCGUUGAGUUCCACUUUACAGGGAAGGAAAAAGGAUCGUUUUCCUCACCUGACAUGACCAAAAAAAGACUCAGGUUCACUGUGAAAAACAGCAAAAGCACUCACGCUCUUCUUGAACUUUCUGAAAAGCUUUAACUCAAAUGUCUGUCGCUCAUCCAAAUCGCAGCUGGACAUCAGUACCUCAAAAAAAACUACAAAAAAAGCACAACCUUCUAGGUUUUACAUGAAGUUGUCAAGUAGCAUCAAGUCUUCCUUUUACCACAGAUUUCCAUUUGUAGCUUUUUUUUUUAGCUAAUUUUUGUACAGAAUGUUUGUUGAUGUAGUUUAUUUUUGCUAACAGGUUGUGACAUGUCAAGAAUUUAUAUGUGAGAGACUAUUUUGAUGAUACUUUUAUAUUUCCAUGAUGUAGCACAUUAAAGAUAUGGUUUCUACAAG